CUUUCCGCCUCGUCCCCGCGCUGUCUGUCUUUCCCUCUCGCAGUCGCUCUCUCUUGCCUGCAGCCCCUGAGCCCGUGCCUGGGCGCGCCUGCCAGCCAGCCAGCCUGCCAGCCAAGCGAUCGAUCUUCGUCGAUGCGAUCGAAACGAGAGGAUCGCGUUUUAGUCAAUGGCUUCCUUUUUCGGCCUUCCGAGCAGAGCAGUUGAGUCGCGACCGAUGCAAUUGGUCGUCGUCCGCUCGUAGCAUCACUAGGGCGCUCCGUAUCGCGAACCUCGGCGCCAUCAAUCACGCACGCAGCUCUUCUUCUUCUUUCCUUCCUCGCGCUCUCUUCUCCCUCCCCCCCUCCCCCGCCCUCCCGCAGUCAUCGCGGUCGUCCUUUUCAACAGACCCGAGCGGAAGCGAGGACGAGAGGAGGAAGAGCUCGCAACUGCGCUGCGUGCUUGCGUGUGAUGCCUGGACGCUGAUGCUGUCACUGCCUCGCUGCGUGACCGGCCUCAGCAAGAUUUGCUCGUCGUCGGGUCGGGUCAAACGUGUGUGGUAUGACAGGGAAUCGGCGGUAGUUGUGUCGCGGCUGUAGUUCCCCGUUCGGGUGCCGAGGGACGACUGUUUCUUCCUUGACUCGUCGAGCAGGGCGGAGAAACUGCGUUUUCGUGCGGAGGAAGGAGCACCGUACCGCUUCGGGGUGUUCGGGUCCUCGAGGGAAAUGCGAUGAUUGCGCGGUCCGGCCGCCUAUCGCCCGUAUCGGACCUGCGGGCUUGAGACCGCGAUGCGAGGCAGGAGGAGGAGCGUGGCGAGCGCAUCUCGACUCGACAGUCGCUUAUAAAAGCUUCGGGGAUUCUCAGAUGUUAGGGUUUUACGAUCGGGAGCCCAGGUGCGAACGGAGUGCUAGGAAUCAUAGUCGCGGGGGAUGUUAGAGUGAGGAAGGCGUGGCACGUCCAUGAAGGGCUUCGGAUGUUAUCGACCGGCCCGCUCAGGCGCAUGGAACAGGUUCAGCGAUGGAUAUCUUCCUUCUUUGACUGCUCUUGAGCAACAGCGUAGCUUUUAGGAACUCUCUUUUUCACCUGAUCAGGAUAUCGAGGGAGUCAGUGUCCGUUUUUCGGGGAUAGCGGAAGAGACAGAUAUUGAUAGAGAUAGAGAGAGCAAUGCGAUCAUGGCACAAGAUGGAACACCUUAUUAUGUCUUCACAGAUGAUUUCUAUCAAAGACUUGCAGCUGAGGGGUCAGACAUGUCCGUCGAGAGUACAGGUAGUAUGCGGACUAGCAAUGGGGGAGGGUCGGUGUCAGCGAUGUCGAUACCAGACAGCAGCGUGGGAUCCAACCCCUCGCUUCACACGGUCCUCAUGCAUCCUGACCUUCGAACAAGGAACGCGACUCGAGGGACACUGUCUCACAGUGUAGUUCUUCCAAGUAGCGUCAUCACUCAUAAUGGGUUCGGUCAAGGAUUCGCUGAAGAUCUUCUGACCGCACAUCUGAUGGAUGAGAGAUAUCCGACGGAGGGAUUGGAAGAAUUUGAGGAUUGGACCAUCGAUUUACGGCGACUUCAUAUGGGCCCCCCUUUUGCGCAAGGAGCCUUCGGUCGGCUAUACAAGGGCACAUAUAACGGCGAGGAUGUCGCCGUGAAAAUCCUGGAGAGACCAGAAAACGAUCUCCAGAGAAGUCUCCUGAUGGAGACUCAGUUCCACAAGGAAGUUACUAUGCUGGCCAAAGCGAAGCACCAGAAUGUGGUGCGAUUUAUUGGAGCAUGUCGGAAACCAAUGGUUUGGUGCAUUGUGACAGAGUACGCCAAGGGGGGCUCCGUCAGAUCGUUUUUGAGUAGAAGGUCGUCGAGAUCCAUACCAUUGAAAGUGGCUGUGAAACAGGCUCUCGAUGUAGCACGAGGGAUGGAGUAUCUACAUAGUUUGGAUAUAAUACAUAGAGAUCUGAAGUCAGACAAUUUGCUGAUCGCGACAGACAAGUCCAUCAAAAUUGCCGAUUUUGGUGUUGCCAGAAUCGAGGUGCAAACAGAGGGCAUGACCCCGGAAACAGGAACAUAUCGAUGGAUGGCACCGGAAAUGAUCCAACAUAAGCAAUACAACCAUAAGGUGGAUGUUUACAGCUUUGGGAUCGUUUUGUGGGAGCUUAUUACGGGAGCUCUUCCGUUCCAAAACAUGACGGCCGUUCAAGCUGCUUUCGCCGUCGUCAAUAAAGGUGUCCGUCCAACUAUUCCAGUGGAUUGUCCGCCUGCGUUGGUGGAAAUCAUGUGCCGUUGUUGGGAUACCAAUCCUGAUUGUCGACCAGGUUUUUCUCUCGUGGUGAGAUUGUUGGAACACGCCCAAGUGGAAAUAAUGACCACGGUUCGACGUGCCAGAUUUCGGUGUGGGUGUAUGACUCGCCCUCUAACAAGUGACUGAGCUAUUUAAGGUGUUGCCUACUGCAUUUGUAUAUUGCAAUUUGUUGUUUCAUAGAGGCUUCUGGCGUCCCGUAGUGCUCUAUCUAUCAACCUUACAGGUCCAAGAAUGGGUCAUGUAUUCUAUCUCCUUCCAUUCAAAGGUACAAUCAAGAAAUUCUCUAUUUUGCUAACAUCUCAGGGAUGCUUUAGGUCAAGGGACACUCCAGAUACCAAAGGAUCUGGACUGAAGUCUGAUCAGAUGAUUCUACCAUGAAGAGCAGCUUGUGAGCUUUUUGAGGAAUCGGAGCACAGAUCUAGCUGUGUACUAGUGUUAUUAGUAUGAUGCCAUGCCCCUGACAUACAUUAACUCACUCUGGAGCUUUGCUGUAUCUUUCAUAUUGUCUACCUUCUGUCUUCAACUUGACGUUUGUUUGGUUGUUGUUACGACAUCUGAUUGUGACUUUAGGGGUUGUGGUCACUAAAAAUUAGAUCCGUGGAGGAUACAAGAUAUAAAAAGCGAAGGUUCCUGUAGUCAUGCACUUGAAUAGAUCGUUCCUUUGUGCUCAAUGCGAUCUUCUAAAGGGUACAGUUCUAUCAGGUUUGUGACUGCACUCGAUCAGUUUGAGUGGGAGUAGCUGGUUGGAAUUGUAACUCAACUUGGAAAUCUCUCGAGUCUCUCCGGUUUCUUCAUCGUAUAGAUCAUUAGUACAAGCGGGUGCUAUAAUCCGAGAAAAUGUUGUACAGUUUAGUAUCUGAAAUGAAGGCUAAUAAAUGAAAGGCAGAGCUAACCUUAGGCAGAACAGAUUUUUUCGCUGUAUGUAGGCCGCAGACUAUGUAGGAGUUUUGUUUGCUUCAUUCACUUUCAUUUAAACCGU